AUGAACCGACCCUCCUCUGGCGAGGACCUCCAGGUUUACCUGGGAAUCUCCGAGACCUCGGUCAGUGUAGUCUUGCUGCAAGAAAAACCCACUCCCAAACUUAUUUACUUUGUCAACCGGACGCUGACCGACGUCGAGACCAGGUAUCAACAAGUGGAGAAGGUGGCCCUAGCCCUCCUUCAUGCUUCUCGGAGGUUACGCCCAUAUUUCCAAAGCCACCAAGUGGUCGUGCGUACCGCACAUCCGGUGUCGAAAAUUCUCAGGAAAGCUGACCUGGUCGGGAGGAUGGUUGGGUGGGCAGUAGAAUUAUCUGAAUUCGGCAUCAAAUACGCGCCGAGAGGUUCUGUUAAAGGGCAACACUUGGCCGACUUUGCGGCUGAAAUACCAUUGACCGGCCUCGAAGAGUGGGUGUUAUACGUUGACGGGGCGUUGGGCCGAACGGUUAGCGGAGCAGGGGUCGUUCUGGAAGGUCCAAACGGAUUCCUGAUGGAACACUUGUUAAUCUUCAAGUUCAAAACCUCACAUAACCAGGCGGAGUACGAAGCCUUGUUGGCUGGUUUACAAUUGGCCAGGGAUAUGGGGGCCCGCAAAGUGAUAUGCCGGACCGACUCGCAGCUAGUUGUCGGCCAAAUGAACGGCGAUUUCCAGGUACGGGAAGAUCACCUCCUAAGGUACUAUCACCAGGCCUAUUCUUUGGUGAAGGACUUUGAGGAUGUGAAAAUUCAGCAUAUCCCCCGGGAACAGAACGCCCGGGCAGACCUACUGUCCAAACUCAGUACUGGAAAGGAGAAGGGGCAGUUAACGACCAUCAUCCGACAGGUCCUUCUGCAACCCUCGGUCGAGUGUUUAACCAUCACAACGGACGACACUGCCGACUGGAGGGCCGAGAUUCGAGAGUUAAUCCGUAAGCAAGAUAGCGGCGAGAGUUUAUGUCCGGCGGACUCCAAGAGAGUUGCCCGAUUCAUGAUAAUCGGUAACGACCUAUGCCGUCGGGGUUUCUCGUCCCCCCUACUCAAAUGCUUGGCGGAAGAUGAGGCACAAUACGUGAUGAAUGAAUUACACCUCGGAGUAUGUGGCUUUCACACGGGAGGACGAGCACUCAAGGCCAAAAUAUUACGGGCAGGAUAUUACUAG